UGUCAUACUUGAAGAAUUUUUGUGUUUUUUGUUGAUAAAUAUUUUUAUAGAAAUUUCUUUAAAAAAAUGGUUUUCACUAAAAGAUAAUGUUGAGGGUUUACCAUGGAGGCUUGCGUGGAUACCUGGAGGAUCACCAUGCCAGGCUUCAAAGAUACUUUCAAAGCAGCAACAAGUAAAUUCAAGCCCAAGAAAAAGGAACCGAUAAAAGAGUGCGACGAAUCCGAAUCGCCUUGCUGCGUGACGUGCCGCUACGUCAAAUCCGAAACCUGCGGUAGCGAAAACAAAAAGUUAAGAUGCCAAAAAGAACCACCCCUUGUCAUUCCCUCAUAUUCCGCCCUAUCCAAGUCUGUUUCCAGCAACAGUAAAUAUUGCUGUUGCGCUUUUAGCCUGUUCUUGAAGGAAGUGGGUCGAGCCAUCCGUGGAGACUCGAAUGCUAGAAUCAGCGAGACUUUAUCUGAGCUCACCGAAGUUAUGCUUGCGAUCGCUAACGACUGUCUGCUUUUUAUGGGAAGGAUAGGUUGCACCACGGUCGACACUGUCAAAAUCAAAAGCCGCGUAUACGCAUUGUUAAUACACAAUAAGUUAUGUGCGUUCGUAGCACGAAGCCGCAAGAAAGCGGCAGAAGUAGCUGAGAAAAUGAAAGCAGAACUCAUAAAGGUCAUACAGGAAAAUGUGCUAGAGCCAAAAAUGCCGGAGUUCGGAGGCGAAGGCGAUGCAGCGAGAAAGCCAAAGAGGUCCAAGCGCAAGAAACCAAUACCCAAAAGAAAAAAGAAGAAAAAACAACCCAAAAAUUGGACAGCGAAGAAUUAUCGACUAUAAUAAAAACAAAUUAUGGAA